UUACACUAUGUUGUGCUGUAAUUUACUCUCUUUUGGUGAUUGGCAAAGGCAAAAACGUUUUCGUUUCUUUUCAACUGUUUUCUUCAAGGCAAAUCACACUGAUUCUCAGGAACAACUCUCUUAGUUUGUGAUCAUGCAGGUAUUGCUAAAGGAUUCUUUAAACUAAGCUGUGUAUGAUCAUCUUCACGUGAUUGAUAUCACCACUGUUUCAAACGGUGAAUGAAGUCUGGUAUGUGCAACUUCUGUUUCUUUUUUUUUGUUCUUUUGGUAUAGUAAAGAAAAAAGGUUGAGAAUGGCCCCAAAUGAAAUGGGUGUGUAAAACACACACAAACAUGAGUCCUCGUCUCCGGCCAGGCAAAUCUAAUCUCCGGCGUCCUAGCUUACUACAAUAAGGCCGUGGAUUGAGUGGCGGUUGGGAUCAUCUACCUCCAGCUCCCCGGCCUCACGCAGAUUGUUGAUUCGCACAUGGAUUACACCGCAUCGUCGCCCACGAUCUGCAGCAGCUCAUCUUCUCCCUCGGCCGAGUACACACGUCAUUACAUUCAGCGUGAUUCCUGUUAUUGGAAGAAGAAAAAGAUCCCAUUUUUAGGGUACUUUUUCCUAAAACUUCACCGAAGGGAGGAAAAACUCAUCUAUUUCUGCAUCUAUUCAAUAUUUCACAUUCCAUCGGUAUUUGGUCCUACUUUUGAUUGGGAAAGAGUGGAUCUCUCUCUCUCUCUCUUCCCAUCCGUCCAUCUCUGUUUCUCUCUCUAUAUAAAGUCAAGUGAUUUUGAUUCCUCUGAUGCGUCUCCAUCUUUCUUAUUACGUGGGACACGUCCAAAAGAAACUGUCAAAGAUUGUUAUAUACACACAGACAAAAUCCCCAUUAUUUCAUUCUAGAUUUAUAAAUCCCACCACCAUCACCAACCAUGGCUGACAAAACCCCCAAGAACAGGUGGCUUCCCAAGCGCAUAGUCCUGCUCCGCCACGGCGAGAGCAGCGAUAGCUCCGGCAGCGGAGACGGCAUUUCCCCCAGCCACAGCACCCCGCUGAGCCGGCGCGGGGCGGAGCAGGCGAGGCAAGCCGGCACCCUCAUCAAAAACCUCCUCGACCAGAGCUGCCCCUCGUGGAAGAUCUACGUCUACGUCUCCCCCUUCGAGUGCACGCGAUCAACGCUGCGCGAGAUGGGACACGCCUUCCCGGCCAGCAGUCUGAUCGGCGUGAGAGAGGAGUGCCGAGUCCGGGAGCAGGACUUCGGCAACUUCCAGGACCCUCAGAAGAUGAGGCAGCUCAAGGAAGUCCGCGACAAAUUCAGCCGCUUCUUCUUCCGUUUCCCCGAGGGCGAGUCUGGCGCCGACGUCUACGACCGCGUCUCGAGUUUUCUGGAAUCAAUGUGGAGGGACAUUGAUAUGCAGAGGUUCCCACACGACGGCGGCGACGAGCUGAAUCUGAUCAUCGUGUCGCACGGGCUGGCGAUCCGGAUCUUCCUGAUGCGAUGGUUCCGGUGGACGGUGGAGCAGUUCGAGCAGCUGAAGAGCCCGAAGGACUGCGAGUUCCGGGUGAUGCAGCUCGGGGAGGGCGGCGAGUACAGCCUCGCCGUGCACCACAAUGAGGGGAGGCUGAGGGCGUGGGGGCUGUCGGCGGAUAUGGUGGCGGAGCAGAAGCUGAGAGCCGGAUCAAGGAGCCACCAGGAGGAGGCGGCGGCGGCGGAGGAGGUUUUGUGGUAUCGCACUUUCUUUGGGGAUGAUGACACGGCGGUGACACGUGGCGAUGAGGGAGAGGGGUAGGAGUAAUUAUUUGCGGUGUGGUUGUUUGUUAAUUAGGUGUGGUUUGCUACAAAAAGUGUUAUGUUGAUACGUGGAUGUUUCAAUUUUUAAAUCUAGAAAGACUAAAGGAGAUAGAGAUGAAUUAAACUAUGGUUGUUGACUUAUUUCUAUUGGUCUAAGCAUUUGUAGAUUUGUAUUAGUAGAUAUAAAUGAGAGGCUUAAUUGUGAUUAGUGCUCUUUCGGAAAGUUAAUACUGGCUAGUAGUGCCUUUUUUCAUCUUUUGUGGAACAUACAUACAUCAAUUCCUUGAUUGUUGUUGUUAA